CCAUUUUAUACAGCAUUUUCACAUUUGCUGUGAGGUAUUAUUUUUUUCCACACACACAUUCCUGUUUUGUUAGCAGUAAGAAAUUUCUUGUGCUUGCGUCACCUUUUUAUGGAUGUUAACUGCAAAAUUGCGUUCCCCCGAUAUCAGUGCUGAUUCCCAGGGACGCCCCAUUCAAAUCAGCGGACAAAUUCAUGUCACCGAUAACAAUUCAAUCACUUAAGAGUUCAGCACAUUUUGAAAUCGCUUUACAAUGCCCCAAGCCAAGUCCCCCUGGACACAUUGUGGUGUCAUCCUAAGUUCUUCGUCCUGCGAUUCUCUGGAUAACUCCUGCUGAGUCCCUGCGCUGCAGUUUUCUUAACAACUUGGCAAGCCAUUCAAUGGAUUCACUUGUUCUUGGACUUCCACUUGCAGUUUUUGUGCAUCCGCAUUCUGGUGCUUCAACAGGCGGACAUGCUAAAUCAUUGCGGCAGUGGAUUGUCGGAACUUCUGGCUUAGUCAUUGCUGCUUUCGACUUCGCUUCUUCGUCGAUUUGAAUGGGACAAUAUCCGCAGUUUGGUUUGCUGUCAGUUUCGGACCUUAUUUUCCAUGCUCUUAUGAUAAGUUGUAAUGAUCUGGAGCGUAUAAGUAAGCUGCUGUCAUGCUUCGCAUUUGUGUUUUCAUAUUUUUGGUAAAUGGAAUUGGUUUGAGCUUUGAAGAACCAAUAGAACCAUCGAAUUUAUCGCAUGGGUAUGCAUUAUCCCAUUCUCACAUGUUACCAUUGCUGUCACUGAGGGAAAAGGCUACUGAAAAUCUGCAGAACUAUGCAAUGGUUUUAACAAAGCAACUAUCAAAUAUCAAACUGGCCAUAAACAAGUUGGAGAACCUUCUUAACCGCCAACACUCGUCAAAUCCCUACGACACUUUUAAGUUAGCACGUCUUUUGCAUUUUGACUGGCCAAAUUGGUUACAUUAUCUAAAGAGGAAACACGGCAUUGAGGAAAUUGCCAAUUUACAAGACUUGCGACAUAAAAUGCCUACAAAAAUAGACUAUAAAGAAGCUCUUUACGCCAUACAUCGCCUGCAGUCAACAUACAGACUCGAUCCCGCUGAAAUGUCUAUUGGUUUGCUGAGAGGAAAAAAGUACAGAUUUAAGAAAUUGAGUGCUUUGGAGUACUUAGUGCUAGGCUCUGUUUAUUAUUUGGACGAGAAAUUCCAGAGGGCUGAACAAUGGUUUCAAUUAGCCCUGGAAAACUACUAUAAAGACCAAAAUUCAAAAAAGUUUGAUAUUUUUGGAUGCUCCAAUGAUUUUAUUUUGAAACUGCUCAUGAAGGCGGCUCAGAGUUCAGGCCGAUAUAAAGCCGCUUUGGGAUAUGCCGAGAAAGCAUUGAUCUUGGACCAAAGCCACUCUUUUUGGCAGCAACAGAUUCCCAGACUGAAAAAUUUGAGUUCAAUACCCGAGGUUCUUAAACCGGAGCAUCCAAAUAGAUAUUUAUUUAAGCCGGCUUGUCUCAUGGAAUACCCCGCUAAGAAACAUUUGCGUUGUCAUCUUUUACACUCCUCGCCCUUUCUUUUGUUGGCUCCGAUAAAAGUGGAGGAGUUGAACCACGAUCCACCUAUAAAAAUGUACCACAAUCUCAUCAAUAAUGAGGAAAUCCUUUUGCUCAAGACUCUAUCAAAUCCACACUUAAAGCGCAGCAUGUUUUACACCUCUGCUGAUAAGAUAAUUGAAGACUUCUCCAAUUUGCGCACAUGCAAAACAAUGCGCUUAAAGGAUAAUGUUGAUCAUACGUUAAUGAAUAAUUUAAAUGAACGUAUUAUGGAUGCCACGGGCUUAAGUGUAAAAGAGUCUGAGGAGUUGCAGAUUACUAACUACGGUAUCGCUGGACAUUUAUUUGAGCACGAGGACGCUUCGGAAUCAACUGAUAGUACAUUUUGGACAUCCGGCAAUCGUAUUAUAACGGCCUUGUAUUAUAUGAGCGAUGUGGAGCAAGGUGGUGAAACAGUUUUUCCUUAUCUUGAUCUAAGAGUUCGUACUCAAAAAGGAUCCUUGUUGGUAUGGUACAAUCUGUUAUUGAAUGGAACCAUCGAUUGGAGAGUCACACAUGUAUCUUGCCCCAUUAUAAUGGGUGACAAGUGGAUUGCCACCAAGUGGUUACGAGAAAAACCACAAAUGUUUAUACGUCCUUGUCCAUUAAAGAUGAAGCCACCGCCUGAAUAUAGUGCUAAAAUGGUCGAGGACAAGUUUUUCAAGGAAAAUAGUAAACAACAUUUUGUAUAAUAUAAAGUUUAUAAAAAUUUACAGAGAAACACAAUUUAUGUCAUUUUGAAUGACCUUUAAAUAAUUAUUCAAUUUCGUUAAACAA